AUGGAUUACAUCCGUCUGAAAGAUGAUAAGAAGUUUGGCCCAUUGUUUGGCGACGCGAAGAUCAGUCUUAAUUGUUGGCACGCGAAGGACUCGACACGGAAGUGCCAAGGCACCGACAAGUGCCUCCACCUGCUUUUCAACAUGAAGCCUGGCGCGACCGACCGGCAGCUGGGACUCCGUGCAUGCGUCCCGACACAGGACGAAAAAUGGGGGAACGGCUAUCAGAACGAGAAAGUGAUUUCGAGACCGGAAUUCGUAUCGAUCCUCAACGGCGCCGAGCCCUCCGUCGAUUGCGAGAACGUUAAGGAUUCGACAAAGAAGUGCUCGGGUACCAACAAGUGCAUCCACAUGCACAUCGACUCGAAGACUCCGGAAGCGACCGUCGAGCAGUUGGAGGUGCGCACCUGCGCCACCGGGAUCUGGCUGGAGAAGUGGGCGCCCGGCUAUGGAUCAAUUCCGCUACCGAAAGGACGCGUCCCGGCCCUUCUGCUGCUCACCUGCCUGCUAGGGUUCCGCCUCGACACCGUUGCCGCCGACUGCUACCAAUGCGCCCAAGGACUGCAGCUUCUUCAGCAGGUCAUGGCGCUGGCUGGCACUCCCGCUUUCCCGCCAGAAUUCACCAACGGCGUCCAGGAGAGCACCGACUGCGCGACAACCUUAGAGGUUCACAGAAAGCUCUUGGAGCAGUGGGAAAACAAAGUGGAGGGACAGAAAGGAGACAACUGGGCUAUCUGGAUGCAAGCCUGCGAGGGUGAUCGCUGCGACAAGCUGUCGGUUGACGAGCUGAAGAAGGCCGCCGUGGUGAAGGGC